GGUUGGAAGCUAUAUAAGAACUCUUUACAUAAUAACUUGUAUAAAUAAUGUUUAAAUAUUUACAACUCUCCUCAAUGAAUAUAAAAAAAUACUGUACUAUCAUUUAUAUAUAGCUUUAGACCAGUAUUGAUAUUAAAAUGUCUUUAAUUAAAAGAGUAAGAGUUAUAAAUUCAAAAUGUUUUACAUUAAUACCAAUUACAAAGUCAUCAAUUAGAAAACGAAGCAGUUUAUGCCUAUGGCAACAGGAUAUAUCUACAGAAAUUAAACUAAAAAUUGAAAGACACUGGUCUAAGAUUGUAUUUAAUAAUAAUAAUAAUGAUGUACACAAUUGUUAUUACAUAUUACCAAUGUUCCCCUAUCCAUCUGGAAAUUUGCACAUGGGACAUGUAAGAGUUUAUUCAAUAUCAGAUACAAUUGCUAGAUUUUAUGCACUGAAUGGUAAAAAUGUUAUUCAUCCGAUUGGUUGGGAUGCUUUUGGUUUACCAGCUGAAAAUGCAGCCAUAGAACGUAAUAUUGCACCUCAUAAGUGGACAAAUGCAAAUAUCAAUUCAAUGAGGAAACAACUGCUGCAAUUAGGCUUAAAUUUUGAUUGGAGUCGAGAAAUAUCCACAUGUGAGCCUCAGUACUAUAAAUGGACACAAUACAUAUUUUUGAAAUUAUUUGAAAAGGGACUGGCAUACCAAAGUAAG